ACUCAACAACGAGCACGAGCGAGCGAUCCGAUGCAGCAACACUCCCCACGCACGCAGUAGGCUUAGUACCGCUUAACAGCCGAGAAGUACAAAUAACUGAGGUACGCGACAACAGCGCAAUAAGAUCGGACGAGACUCUCUCAAACGUUCACACGGAGUCUAUGUCCCACCCCAGACACCGACUUCUGCACGUGGCGUCACCCACCAUUAUCCUGGGGACGCUGGUGGGUGUGUAUGAGCUAAUCAUGUGGUUGGGUCUAGCGUUCGGGGGCGCAGAGGCAUUUGCCACGUGGCUUACUAAUUUCGACGAGACUAUCAGUGGAUUGGCGGCCCAGAUGUGGAAAGCUAUCGAUUGGACCUAA